GCUUCUUAGAAUCUAGGUGACAAGGAAGUCCUUAGGCAGACGUUUUUGGUUGUAUGAUUGAAAACAAGGGAUUAAAAAAAAGACAAUUUGGGAAAUGUCUCAGUACUUUCACCACAACCCUGUUAGAGUUGUGUCUAGCUCACUGUUUGGCACUGCUUCGGAUGCACUGUAUGCAAGAUUCAAGAAAAUUAAGAGGAAGGAUGUGGAGUGUCAGGCGUUCUUCAGGUCCAUCUUAAAGAGCUCCUUGCUCCAUGCCCUCUUGAUCAGCACCAUCACCUCAAACGCCUUUUUCAUGGUCUUGGGAACCGAUUACAACAUAAGGUACAAACUGUUCCGACUCUUUGAGAUCUCAGAGAUUCUCUUUGUCUCCAUCUAUGCCUGUGAGUUCUUCAUGAAGGUCUAUGUGGAACCCAUUAAAUAUUGGAGGGAUGGCUAUAACCUACUGGAUGUGGUCAUUAUCCUUAUUAUCUUGAUACCCUAUACCCUUCGAAAGAUCAAGGGAAGACAUUACAGAUACCUCCACAUUGCUGAUGGUAUACAGUCUCUGCGAAUCCUCAAGCUUAUCUCCUACAGCAGAGGCAUCAGGACGCUCAUCACCGCCGUGGGGCAGACGGUCUACACGGUGGCCUCGGUGCUGACCCUCCUCUUCAUCCUCAUGUACAUCUUCGCCAUCCUGGGGUUCUGCCUGUUUGGAAUUCCAGAGAAGGGAGACCUGAAUAACUGGGGGAACCUGGCUGCAGCUUUCUUCACUCUCUUCAGUCUGGCUACGGUUGACGGCUGGACAAACCUGCAGGAGCAGCUUGACAACCGGAAGUUUACUGUGAGCAGGGCGUUCACCAUCAUCUUCAUCCUGCUGGCUUCCUUCAUCUUCCUCAACAUGUUUGUGGGUGUGAUGAUCAUGCACACGGAGGACUCCAUCAAAAAGUUCCAGCGGGAGCUGAUGGUGGAGAGGCAUGUGACGCUUAUGGAGGAGAGGCAGAUGAUUCUGAAGCGCCAGCAGGAGGAGGUCAACAGGCUGAUGAACGCACAGAAAAGUGGUGGCAGGAGCUUCUCUGAGCUGGUGGAGGAAUUCAAGAAGACCCUACGGCACACGGACCCCAUGGUCCUGGACGACUUUGGCACUAGCCUCCCUUUCAUCACUGUCUACUUGUCCACCCUGGACAACCAGGACACUACUGUCAACAAGCUUCAGGAACUGUACUAUGAGAUUGUGAACGUGCUGCGUCUGAUGCUUGAAGACUUGCCCCAGAAGAAGUCGUCCCAUAGCUCGGAAUUCACGAUUUAGAGGUAUUUGGGCAUGUGUGGCCUCAAAGGCUGUG